UUAAGAGGUAUAAUUUAUAAGAUCGUCAAGCAUAACAAUUUGAAUUUUGAGCUUAUUGACGGUCAAAGACAUUACCUUUUGUCUUCUUCAUCUUCACGUGAACUUUAAAAACGAUCAAGUUGUCUUAUUACCAAAAGAAGUAAAUUUUAAAGCAUAGAAAAUCUGUGAAAGUGAAUUUUUGCCAUAAAAUUGUACAACGACGAAAUAAUAUAAAAUAAAGUAUUUACUUAAAAAGACAAAAGCAUCGCAAUGUCGUUUUUAAAAGCAAUGUGGAAUAACAACACGAAGCAUAAAAAGCUUAAUGAUAGUAUGGCAUUGGCGAGUAGUGCCAGAAAUUAUGUAGAAAGUCCGCUUGAUUUCAAUGAUGAAGAACUCACUGAUGAUGUAAUAACUUUCAACUUGAAAUAUCUUGGAACAACCGCCAUGGCGCCAGUUGAAGAAAUAAAAGGCAAUAAAAUUGCAAGUUGCGAUAAAAAAACUCAAAUGAUUUCAAAUGCUAUAAAGACAUUAAUUAGCACAUCAAAAAGUCAAAAGUUGCUCAACGAUGUACGUGUUGAAGUAUCGCCGAAAGGAAUUGAAACAUUUGAUUGUGUAACAGAUGAACAAAUCCUGCAAAUUCCAAUUUAUAAAAUUUCUUACUGUUCUAUCGAUGCAGCACAUGGCACAAUUUUUUCCUUCGUGAGUUCAACGAGCGAUAAAGAAGAGAGUUCAUUUGAUUGGAAUACUACACAUAAAGAUGGAGAGGAAGAACAUUUAGUUCUACACGGGUUUCAAUGUCAAAAGAAAAAAAUUGCGUUCAAUGUAACAUUGACCGUGGCAAGAACUUUUGAGCGAGCUUUUCAAAUCUAUCAAAAUGAAAAAUUCCUUGAAGAAAUUCGUAAUAGGAAGUCGAAACACAAGGAAAGCCUUGAAUCGCAAAAGAACGCUGUGAACAUUAAGAAGUUGAUAACAAAUGACGAUGAGAAUUUAAAUUGCUUAAUUGAUCUGGGAUCUGAAAAUGGACCUGAAUUGAAUAAUCUCUGCUCAAAAGACUACACUCGAGAUUAUUUUCAAACAACUUGGGUUUCCUUUGAUUAAUUUAUUUUAUUUUAUUUCAUUGACAGUCGAAUAAUGUUCAAAAUUUCUUUCAAUAAAUAGUUUACUCCUUAAUAUCAUUUGAAAAAUUUUAAUUGUUCAAUCAACAUCAGGAAAAAUCAAAUACUUUGUUAUACCGCAUCUGUCAACACCUCUCCUUAAUUUCAUAUAUCCAUUUUCACCUGUUGAUUAUAUUGAAAAAUUCCCAUUACGCCAGAAACAAAUUAAACUUGAAAGACAUUAAAUAUUUACCCCAUUCACUUGACCAAGAAUUCUUUAAAAUCCAAUAAUCCUAUUAAAAAAAUAAAUAAAGAAACCAUUUUAAAAGUUUU